AAAAAAAAGACGAACAAUCCAAAUGUCAAACAAAUGUGUUGUACAUGAAAAAAAAAUAAUUUUUCUUUCUUCAUUCCCUUCUGAAUCCAGCAAACAAUAAUUAUUUUUAUUGUCAAAAUCAAUGGAAGUAAAUUCAAUACUAAUUAUUUUAUGAAAACAUAUUAUACAUUUUAUGUACUUGGUUCGGUUAAAACUAACCAUUGAAUAUAUUUUACACAAAUAAUAAUACAAACUAGUAAAAAUAUGUUUUGCUGUUUGAGGACUUGCCUCAAUGCAAAUCUUCGAACACCAAGAUCAACCAGCCACAGAUCCAGAGAACCAGAAAUCCAUCUCGAUGCUGCAUUUAUGGGACCAGAAGUGAUUCUUUUAUCCAAUCAACUGCGUAUUACGGGAACCGGUGGUGCUUUGGCAACUGCACCCCUCGUACAAUCAAAAUCAUACUUUGAAGUAAAAAUUCAACAGAGUGGCACCUGGUCGGUGGGCUUAGCCACCAGACAAACUGAUCUCUCGAAAAAAAUUGGUGGCACUGACCGAGAAUCAUGGUGUCUAUGCUCGGACAACUCGACUCGAUUCAAUGACGAGGUAUUCCGCCCAGCUGUAGUCACAACACAGCCCCAAGCUAAUGGCAAUGCUUGUGGUGGACUUAUUGGCAUUGAUGAAGACGCCGAUGAUGUUUUACUGACUGUGAAUCAGGCAAUAGCGGUAACAUCGCAGGAACAAGAGGACAGAGAAUUUCCAGGCGAUGGUGACAUCAUAGGCGUCACCUUCGAUCACAUAGAGUUGAAUUUCUACUUCAAUGGGAAAAGUCUUGAAGUUCCAUUCCGAAAUGUCAAAGGGAACGUGUAUCCAGUUGUUUUUGUUGGAAAUGGGGCAAUUCUAGAUGUAAUUCUGGAUAAUUUCACUUUUGGGCCACCUCCUGGAUUCGAUAAAAUUAUGAUUGAACAAUCUCUCUUAUAAAACAACUGACAAAAAUAUGCAAUUUGGGUUAGAUUCCGAAUUGCGGAGACCAGCUUUAGUACUUAAGAUAAUAAAAUUUAUUUAUUUAAUUUAACCAAAAAAAAUAAGAAAAACAAGGAGAGCGCACUACUUAUUUACUUAAUCACUCUCUUUAUAGUAUAUUUAAAUAUAUAAAACUAAAUUAUAUUAUACACAUUCCAAAUUCAAUGUACAGCAGGAUUUAUUAUGUUAGCUUCUAAUUUCUUUGAUUGUCUACUAAAGAUGCGAGUGCGAAAUAGCUUUGGCGUAUGGUGCGUGUGUGUGCUACGAAAAUAAUAAAACAAAAAUAUCUUAA